AUGUUUAUCACACGGAGAUUGUCCUACGUAAUAAAGGGUUCCAGGCAAUUAUUUACCCAAGCAGUUUCGAAGGCUGCCGUGGGUAAGAAGAUUGAAAAUGAAGAUCAGCUGAAUGAGUUGUUUCAGAUUGUUAGUUGGAAGACCUCGGAACUUACGGCUUAUGAUAAAACAGCCAAAGUAGGACGAAAGAUGGUAGAAGGGUUAUUAAAACUUUCUGGACUCAAAUCGACUAUUUCUAAUUCGGCUAAACUAUCACUUCAGCAUUCGUUGGCGGACCAGUUACAAUUUGUUAAUAAGCUUCACUCUAUUGAUAUACCGGAAGAAGAAGAACAACUUGGGACGUUCCGGCUCAUUGACGAUGUGUCAAAGGAAAAUGUCUUAAAUUUUGCACAACUUCAGAAAGAAGUGAACGACGUCAGACCGUCAUUAUUAAAAGGCGAAAUUGAAAAUACUUGGAAUCCUCUUUCUUUAGCCAAGGAACAUGACGAGGAAUACUUUGUGGUAAAAGAAGGAUUAAUAAAGAAAAACAAAGUUAGUAAAGUCUAG